AAACGGAAUUCCAAGCGGCGGUUUCACUGCCCCACUUUCUCAUUAUUCGUGUCACAAUUCAGGAAAACAUCCCUGAUUCAAGUUUCCAGCUUUCAUCUCAUUUCAUCAAAAUCCUUAUCAGAUUCAUUAUUCUUAAUAACUUCCUCUCGCCGCGGAUCUGAAUUCACUGCAUCGCAAAUCAUCGUCUCCAAUCGUACCGGGAAAGCUUGCGACGAUCCCCUUCCCGAACAAUGGAUCUUCCCACCACGGCUGCGCCGCUGGUUCGCUCUCCCAUGCUGGAGGUAGUCGAAGCUUGAAAGCCAGCAUUUUGCUGUUUCCUAUUUCCUUCCAGAUCACUGGACUGUAAUGAACACAGAGCAUUGGGGUCGAGCUUUGAUUGACGAGGAAUUUGGAAUCGGAGUUGAUCUCUUAGUUCCAUUUCUCUAGGAUGCAAUUUCUAAUACAGUUUCGGUCUAUGUGCUCCAUUGCAGGAUAAUGUUGAUUGACAUAGAGGUUUCAAGGGAAAUUGGUUCAAAUUGUAGAGGAUUAUAAGGAAAAAAUAACUUAAGAUCGCAUUCAGGUGGUCUGCAGUGAUGCUGCCGAGUAGAUUCUCUUUGUUCGGUGGCGGCGGGGUUCAAGACAAGGGAAGAAGUUCUUCUGUUGAUGGCAUGAAAAGUGAGCUAGUGCCGACCUUUAAGCUUCAAACUGAUAGAGAUGUAUAUAGGCCUGGUGAUUCCAUUUUUGUUACUAUUGAGAUAAGUAAUCCCUGUGAUGGAGCUGCUCAACAAGGCAUGCCUGCGGCAUCACUCUUAAUUGAAAGGCUUGGGUUCGAAAUUAAGGGGAUAGAGAAGUUGGAUAACCAAUGGUUUGCUACUCCAAAGCCUGUCUCUGGAUCCAGGCAAAGAAGAGGUGAACAUGUUUUCAUGGACUGCUCAACAUCCUCACUAGUUUCCAAUCAUGUCGUAUCCUCUGGUGCUACCAAAACAUAUGUUAUUCGUACAGUUCUUCCAAGCACGAUACCUCCAUCUUACAGAGGUGCCACCAUUCGAUAUAUGUACUAUGUUAAGGGUAUGCUAUCUGCACGAUGGCUGAUACUGGACAAUGGCCACUCCCGGAAGGAGUCAAGGAAUGACCUUAUUUUCCUAGAAGCUCGUAAUCCAUUGCAAGUAUGGGUGGCCCAAAAAAACAAUGGCUUGACAGUGGAAGAAGGUCCAAAUGAGGGGAUUGUUCCAGCCAAUAUAAUUCAACUCGACGUAUACUGGAGAGAGAUGGAUGGGGAAUCUGAAUGGGCCAGAGCCAAUGACAUAGAAGAUGCACUUGAGGAAGGGUAUGAAAGCUCAAGGGAUGAAGUAUCAUCCGUUUCUUCUUACAAUCCUGGCAGAGAAAGUAUACACAAAACAUUUGGAAGUUCCUUAUCGUUGCAAUCUGCUUCAGCAAGGUCUCCUACUCCGCCACUCCCUCGGCUCUCCGUGGCUGAGGUUCUAUAUGACCCCGCUACAGAUUUAUCAUCUUCGGACAAGAAUUCUGCAGUUGCCUCCCCAAGGUUGCUGCAGAAGACUGCAAAAUCCCAUAUUGAAGAUGAGAAUGCAGGGGUAUCUUCUGCAGCUCCAGCAAAAACUGAUGAACCUGCUCCAUCAGAAGGCUUUAGUCGAGGAAGGUCAUAUAACAUCAGGAUGGAUGACCGUGUCUUGCUCAGAUUUUCCCCAAGGAAUUCUGACUCUACUUACUACUUCAGUGAUAUGAUUGGUGGAACUUUAACCUUUUUCCAUGAAGAAGGAGCGAGGAGAUGCCUGGAGGUUUCAAUAACAUUGGAAACUUCAGAGACUAUAAGUCGGCGAUCUGUUCAUCCUUCUCGUAAAAAUUCACCAACAAUAACGAAGGUUCAGAGUGAUCAUCAUGAGGUUGUUGCAGAUUUGCAGCAGACAAGCUUUCUUUUCUCGAUCCCCAUGGAUGGGCCGAUGUCAUUUUCCACGCCCCGUGUCGCUGUACAAUGGGCUUUACGAUUUGAAUUCUUCACCACCCCAAAGAAUGUUGACUGGAGAAAAUAUGAGCAUCCACUCCUGAUCGAAGGGAGAGACAAGAGUGACUGGGUUCUGCCUAUCAUAGUGCACGCAACUCCUCCAGCGGCUCAAGCAGCCCAUGCCCGGAAUGAGAAGCUGUUUUCUCUGGACCCAUUAUGGGUUCAGACUUGAAUUUAGGGUGGUAUCGAUCUUCUGCAAACAUGACCCUCGAGAGCUACAGACAAAGCUUUCAGAUUCAGAUUGUGCAGUCCGGCUACUUACUGCAUUUGUCAUGUGGAAAGUCGCCUUCAAGAAGCCAACGCCAGUCGUCGGUCUGUAUAUCCAGUCCAGGUGAAAAUAGAAUCGGUUGCCCGUUUAAACGUUCAUAUAAUUUUGUAAACGUUAGCAAUGGCAGGAAGGAAGCCAUUCCAUUGGUUGGAUCCUUAGCCAAACAAAGCCUUCGUCUUCGUUUCCUACGUUGUUCUCUUUAUCCAGCUGGGGAAUGUAUUGCAGAUUUUCAUAAACAGUUAUCCAGAGCUUCGUGUGCUUCCUUUCGCUUUUCUAUUAGAUGAUUUCUUUUCGA